AUGACAGCGACAACCCACCCAGAAUACGACAAGGAUACCGAAGCCUUGGAUGUUGCGGAAGCAUUUCCUGAAGCUAUUCGAGGCAAGACAAUCAUCGUCACUGGAGUGAACCGCAAAGGCAUUGGAUUUACCACCGCGCAGGCUUUUGCUUCCCAGUCCCCUGCUCACCUCAUCAUUGCCGGACGAAACGCAUCCAAACUUCAAGAAUGCAUGGAUGAUCUCAAGCAGCAGUGGCCCGAAGUUGACUACCGCCUGCUGAUAAUCGACCUCUCGAGCCAGAAAGGCGUUCGGACGGCAGCCCAAGAAGUCCUCUCGUGGAGCGAUGUGCCAUCGAUCAACAUUGUCGUGAAUAAUGCCGGUGUGGGGAGUAUACCUGAGCGCACGAUCACCGAAGACGGGAUUGAGCUUACUUUCGCGACAAACCAUAUUGGGCACUUCUUGUUCACUGGCUUGAUCAUGCCAAAGCUCCUCGAGGCAGCAAAGGCCAGCACAAAGGGAGCAACUCGCGUGGUCAAUGUCAGCUCGGGUGCAGCCGAAUACAAUGGUAUCCGCUGGUCAGACAUCAAUUUCGACAAGAAGUCCACAGAUCUUCCUGAGGAUGAACGCCCAAACUAUGCGAUCCUCAAGUUAUGGGGCAUAAGCAAUGGGCCAGAUAUGUCGUACAUACCAUUGGAAGCAUACAUUCAGAGCAAAGCUGCAAAUAUCCUUUUUGGAAUUGGCCUUACAGCAAGAUUGUAUGAAACCCACGGCAUAUUGAGUGUCGGCGUCCAUCCUGGAGUAAUCAAGACGGAACUGACGAGGUACUCAUCUAAAGAACAGAGAGAUGCAGUCGCGGCAAUGGCUCAGAAGGGGUUGUUCGAGUACAAAACCUUGGGCGCGGGGGCUGCAACGAGCCUGGUGGCUGCCACAGACCCCAAACUGGGCGCCAUUGAGAGCAAAGACGGGAAAGAGGGAUGGGGAGCAUACCUGAAGGACUGUCAAAUCUCGCACGACGCGUGUCCUCGCGCAAAAUCGAGCGAGGGGGCCGAAAAGCUCUGGAAGCUGUCAGAAGACCUUGUGGGAGAGAGGUUUUCAUGGUAA